ACGGGCCGGGGCCUGGGCGCGCGGGAAGCGGAGCGCGCGCUGGAGCCGCUGACUGACGGUGUCCCUGUAGGAACGCUGCCCGCGACUCGGGAGGAUGAAGGUCAUCACUUGCGAGAUCGCCUGGCACAACAAGGAGCCGGUGUACAGCCUGGACUUCCAGCACGGCGCGGCCGGGAGGGUCCACAGGCUGGCGUCGGCGGGCGUGGACACUGCCGUGAGGGUCUGGAAGGUGGAAAAAGGACCGGAUGGAAAGGCCAUUGUUGAAUUUUUGUCCAAUCUGGCCCGCCACACCAAAGCCGUCAAUGUCGUGCGCUUCUCUCCAAAUGGGGAGAUUUUAGCAUCCGGAGGAGACGAUGCGGUCAUUCUGCUGUGGAAGGUGAACGACAGCAAGGAGCCCGAGCAGGUGGCCUUCCAGGACCAGGACGAGGCGGAGCUGAACAAGGAGAACUGGACGGUGGUGAAGACGCUGAGGGGCCACCUAGAAGAUGUGUACGAUAUCUGCUGGGCCACCGAUGGCAAUUUGAUGGCUUCCGCCUCUGUGGACAACACGGCCAUCAUCUGGGACGUCAGUAAAGGACAGAAGAUCUCGAUUUUUAAUGAACAUAAAAGUUAUGUACAAGGAGUUACCUGGGAUCCUUUGGGCCAGUAUAUUGCGACCCUGAGCUGUGAUCGGACCCUGAGGGUGUACAGCACACAGAAGAAGCGCGUGGCUUUCAAUGUCUCGAAGAUGCUGGCGGGCACGGGCGCCGAGGGAGAGGCCAGGAGUUACCGGAUGUUUCACGACGACAGCAUGAAGUCGUUCUUCCGGAGGCUGAGCUUCACUCCCGACGGCUCCCUGCUGCUCACCCCAGCCGGAUGCGUGGAGUCUGGCGAAAAUGUAACCAACACCACGUACCUCUUCUCCAGGAAGAAUCUGAAAAGGCCUGUGGCGCAUCUCCCGUGUCCCGGAAAAGCCACACUUGCUGUCCGCUGCUGCCCUGUCUACUUUGAGUUGAGACCGGAGACGGAAACAGACGGGCCGGCCCCGGGGCCGCUGGUGCGCCUGCCCUACCGCGUGGUGUUCGCCGUGGCUUCCGAGGACUCCGUGCUCUUCUACGACACCCAGCAGCUCUUCCCUUUCGGCUACGUGUCCAACAUCCACUACCACACCCUGAGCGACAUCUCCUGGUCCAGCGAUGGGGCCUUCCUGGCCAUUUCCUCCACCGAUGGCUACUGCUCCUUCGUGACGUUUGAGAAGGGUGAGCUUGGAGCACCUUUCAAAGAGAAGCCGGAUCUGAGCAUGAGAACUCCUGAGACAGCGAAGAAAACCAAGCGUCAGACCCAACAGGAGUCCUCGCCGGGACCCAGGCUGGGGGAGGGCACCCAGGGCAUCCGCAGAUCGGCCCGAGGUCCCGCCGCCGCUGCAGAGAGGACCGCGCCUGCCCCUGACCCCCUGACCCCUAGCCCCCAGCAGCUGUGCUGCCCGGUUUCCUCCCUGGACAUCGGGGAGGUUACCUCCCGGCUCCGUCUGCUGCCUGCUCAGCGGAGAGUGACCGUGAUGCCCUUGAAGACAGACGCCCCGGAUUCUGCGCCAGGGAGUGUGGUUUCUGCCCCGCCCACGGAGGUCCAGCCAGCCUUGUCGGUGAACGUUUCAGAGCCGCCUGGAGACGUGCAGGUCAGCCCCCCGGAGCGGAAGCGGCCCAGGCCCGCGGAGGACAGAGGCGGCGCCCAGGGGCUGGAGCCGGGGGGAGACCUGGCUUGUGCUUGAAGGCUGCACGGCUGGGGACUCCCAUCGCUCGGGGAAGGGCCGACGACCCCAGGUCAGGGCAUCAGAGGAGCCUGGAGGGCCCCCAACCUGAUUCCUGGACCAAGCUGCACGUGGCCGGCGUCCCCCAGCGAAGGGCCUGCUCCUGCCUUCGCGUGAGUUUGCCUGAGACGCGGACAUGUCACAGGGCCAGCCCUCCCCUGACACGUUUCUGGAGCUGGACCCGUCCAACAUUGUCCGGUGUGAACACCAGUCGCUCCUCCCUGAAACCCUGCAGAAGUGAGACCCUCACGGGGGCCUGGUGAAUGCCAGGUGUUCGAAUGGUUAUUAGAUUUCCCUUGUACAUAGUGGGUUAACUUUUGGCAGUUUGUUUUAUUUGCGUUCUGAUUUUAAAGGUAAUAAUGCUCGUUCUAAACAGUUAGUAAACCGGCGUGAAGGGGAAAAGCAGUUGGGGGUCGGGAGCUUCGUCCUCCCACCCCCUGCUUUGGCAUAAAGACUGUUUUAUUCUUUUUAAGGAGAGAGGUGAGAUUUUACUUGAGAUACAAUUUGGUAUCCAAAUAGGUUAACUUUUUAGGUUGAUUUUUCAAAGAAGAAAAAGUAACUUAGUCAUUUA